UCUCUGAGUCAGAGACUCUGACUCCAAUCACCAAUCAUUGAGCGUUGGAUGAUUUAUUCUACAAGAGGUUAUAAUUUCAUGAAAAACAAUUGAUUUCUUACAAAAUAAAUAUAUUUUUGUUACAUUUGAUUUAUUUGAAUAAAAAGUAUUGGAUAUUCUAACAGUUAGGUUGGCUAUAUAUUUUUCGUGUGCAUAAUAGUUAUCUUAAAAUGUUAGCUUUGAGACUCAAACUUCGAUCUUCUGUGAUUUCUGCAAGAAGAUUACCAAUUACAGUAUAUAAUAACUCCAAAACCUGCAACUCCUUUAAGCCUCAGAUACUUAACAAUGGAAAUAUCCUUUUACCAAGAUGCGUACAUUACAGUACUGUGACAGAACAAAAGGAGACCAUAAAAGGACAAUCCGAAAAACGGGAGUUCCAAGCUGAAACCCGGAUGUUAUUGGAUAUUGUUGCAAGAUCCCUGUACUCUGAUAAAGAGGUAUUCAUUAGAGAGUUAAUCUCAAAUGCCAGUGAUGCAUUGGAGAAAUUCCGUUACUUGAGUGUGAGUGCAGGCCCAGAGUCUCCCAAGCUGGAGCAAACAGACAGACCAUUGGAGAUAAAACUUACAACUGAUAAACAAAAUAGAACCAUUACAAUACAGGAUUCUGGUAUUGGUAUGACAAAAGAGGAAUUAACUGAAAAUUUAGGGACCAUAGCUCGGUCGGGCUCAAAAUCAUUUAUCGAGGAAAUAAAAAAGAAAGGUGCAGAUGAAGCAAGUUCAAUCAUUGGUCAGUUUGGUGUGGGCUUUUAUUCUGCCUUUAUGGUCGCUGAUAAACUUGAAGUCCUAACCCGAAGCAGCAAGGCCGGCUCACCAGGAUAUAAAUGGACAUCUGACGGCUCUGGAACUUAUGAAAUUCAAGAGGUAGAUGACGUGCCUAUUGGAACCAAAAUUGUAGUUCACCUGAAAACAGACUGCAGGGAAUUUGCAGAUGAUGACGUCGUGAAAAAUAUUAUAAAAAAAUACAGUAAUUUCAUUAGCAGUCCAAUUAUGCUGAAUGGAGAACAAGUCAAUUCUAUAAAGCCCAUUUGGCUAAUGGAUAUCAAAGAAGUGACGCUUGAGCAACACACAGAAUUCUAUAAGUUUAUUAGCAAUUCUUACGACAAACCCCGCUUCACUCUUCACUACAAAGCGGACGCGCCUCUAAGCAUCAGAUCUAUAUUGUAUGUCCCCGAAGGCAAGCCUGGACUGUUUGAAAUGUCCCGGGAUUCAGAUGUUGGGGUUGCUCUGUAUUCCAGGAAAAUAUUGAUUAAGAGCAAAGCUGAAAAUAUUUUGCCUAAGUGGCUGCGUUUUGUUAAAGGCGUAGUUGACUCUGAAGACAUUCCACUUAAUCUAAGUCGAGAAUUAUUGCAGAAUAGUGCUUUAAUCACUAAACUACGGACAGUACUCACAAACCGUUUCUUAAAGUUCAUGGUAGAAAUGUCACAGAAGGACCCGGUUGGUUAUGAUACCUUUUAUAAGGAUUACUCCAUAUUCCUGAAAGAGGGCAUUGUUACGAGCCAAAGCCCUACGGAAAAGGAGGAAAUUGCAAAAUUGUUGCGAUUCGAAUCAUCAAAACUGGGAAGCGGGGUGCGCACAUCUCUAUCCGAAUACAGCAAGAGACAAAAAGACGACCAGAAGUGUAUUUACUACUUAGCUGCUCCAAGCCGAGAAUUAGCACAGACUUCACCAUACUUCGAAUCACUUAAAAAGCGGGAUCUUGAAGUUUUAUUCUGUUACGAAAUGUAUGAUGAAUUAGUACUAUUGGAAUUAAAAGAAUUUGGUGGAAAAACACUAGUUUCUGUUGAAAAUGAUAUGCAAAAAGAUUCUUCGGAUUCUAAUGAUGCAGUUAUUGGAAGUGACGGUCUUCAGCAGGCACAAGUAGACGAAUUAAUUGCCUAUUUAAAAUCGAACUUAGUCGGUAAAGUGUUUGAAGUUCGCACGACUCAGAAGUUGGACACCCACCCGUGCGUAAUCACCGUACAAGAGAUGGCCGCAGCGCGGCAUUUCAUCAGGACGCAAGCUCAGAAUCUCAGUGAAGAAAACAGAUUUGCACUAUUGAGGCCACAUUUAGAAAUUAACACCAAACACCCUAUCAUAAAGAAGCUUCACAAACUACUCUCCACUGAUAAGGAACUUGCCAACAUGGUGACUCAACAGUUAUUCUCAAAUGCAAUGGUCACCGCCGGUCUCGUCGUGGACCCACGAAACCUGAUAACUCACAUCAAUGAUUUACUAGUCAAAGCCCUAGAAAAGCAUUAAUUUUCUUAAUGGUUAUUUUAUUACUUUUGGUUCAUAUACUUAAAUAAAAUCUGUUGUAAUGUU